AUGGCUGGCAUGAAUCCGAAGCUGUACCAGUUCCUGGUCGCCCUGUUCGCCUCCUUCGGCUCGUUUCUAUACGGGUACGACCUGGGCGUCAUUGCCUCCGUGGUAGCCUCAGACUCCUUCAUCGCCAAGUUCAUCAAUGGCAAUAACACUGUUGCGGGCACAGUCGUUGCCCUUUUUACAGCGGGUGCCUUCUUCGGUGCUUAUGGCGCUGGCUUUACAGAUCCGCUGGGCCGUCGAACCACUCUAGCCCUAGGCUCUGUGCUCUUCAUUGUCGGGGGUGUUCUACAGACAGCCUCUAUGAAUAUCGGCAUGCUGUACUUUUCUCGCAUCUUUGCAGGAUUCGGUAUUGGUAUUCUGGUGGAAUCAGUGCCUAUGUUCCAGGCUGAGAUCGCCCAUGCCAGGAUUCGUGGUAUUCUGGGCUCGUUACAGCAGACCAUGUUGGGUAUCGGUGCUCUGGCAGCUUCGUGGAUUGGAUAUGGAUGUGAGCAUCACUGGUCUGAUACUGGGAAUAGUGUUCAGUGGAGAUUGCCUCUCGCAUUGCAGGUUGUCCCUGCUAUUGGGCUUGCCUCGUGUAUCUUCUUCUUCCCUGAAUCUCCUCGCUGGCUGAUUGACCAUGACCGGCAUGAAGAGGGUCUACGCAACCUGGCCACCCUCCAUGCAAACGGCAACGUCAAUGAUCCAUACGUCCUGGCCGAGUUCGAGCUCAUCAAGCAGCAAAUCGAAGAAGAGCACCAGCACGGAGCCAAAUCCUACAAGGACCUGUUCUCCAACCGGUCCAAUACUCGCCGAAUUAUCAUAGCCUGCGCAUGUCAAGCCUCAUCCCAGAUGACCGGCGUCUCCGCAAUCCAAUACUUCUCGCCCGCCAUCUUCGCCCAAAUCGGCAUCUCCACCUCAAAAACACUGCUGUACCAAGGCAUAAACUCCAUCAUCGGCGAAGUCGCCCAGUUCAUCUUCUUCUUCCUCAUCGACCGCGUCGGCCGUCGCCCCCUGCAAAUCGGCGGCAACAUCGCAUGCGGCAUCGCAUUCACCAUCGGCGCCUCGCUGAUGGCCGUAUACCCGCCCUCAUCCACCAAUACCUCAGCACACUGGGCCUUCAUCGUCUGCAGCACCUGGCUGUUUAAUUUCUGCUUCUGCGCCUCGGGCACAAUGUCCUGGAUCAUCCCAGCUGAGAUAUUCAAUACAGCCACGCGUGCAAAGGGGAUUAGUCUGGCGACGAUGGUCUCGUUUGCGUUUAAUACUAUGAUUGCAGAAGUCACACCGAUUGCGUUGGAGCAUAUUGGCUGGCGGUACUAUAUCUUGUUUAUUGUGUGUGAUUUCAGCAAUGCGCUCUUCUUUUAUUUGUUUUUGCCCGAGACGAAGGGGAUUACCUUGGAGGUUAUGGAUGAUCUGUUUACGAACUCGCCCCUGCUUGUGCCUGGCAGUCGGUGGGAGCCGAACCCUGAGUUGGAUGUUGAGAUGGUCAAGCAGAGGAAGGAUAUUCUUGUUCGGGCUGAGCAAAGUGACAACACAAUGUAA